AAUGAUUUUUCUCUUUCAGUGUUACAUGUAAGCGCAUUACCCACCUCACAAGAAUUUGAUGUUGUUGUCCCCCAGAAACUUCACUCUCAGUAUAAGAGAGACACUCAGGACACUUAUCCAGACAUGGUACAGUAUGAAUUUCUGCUGGAAAAUACACCGCUGGUUUUACACCUUGAGAAGACAGAAGGCCUUAUACACAAGGAUUACACUGAGACUAGUUACCAACAAGAUGGGACGCCAACCACAAGUAGUCCAAAGAUCAAGGAUCAUUGCUUAUACCAGGGGCGAGUAAACAAUGACCCAAACUCACUAGUUAGUCUGAGCACCUGCAGUGGAUUAAGUGGGUUCAUCAUGACACAAGGCCGUGCUUUCCUGAUCAAUCCCCUCAAGGAGACAGACAGUGAGGAACAUGCUUUGUACGCAUAUGACCCAAAGGAAGACGCUUCCAGAACCUGUGGUGUGACUGCAACCAGCACGACAGAAGAUGAAUUGACCAUGACUUCAUAUUCCAUCAACCCCACUGAGAAACAAGAAAUACUGAAUUCAACCAAAUAUGUUCAGCUGUAUGUGGUGGCGGAUAACUCUAUGUUCAAGAAAUACAACAGCAGUGUAGAAAUCCUCAAAAAAAGAAUAUAUGAAAUGAUUAAUUAUGCUAACAUGGUGUACAAGACACUGAACGUCUUUGUGGCUUUGUGUGGAAUUGAAAUCUGGGAAAAUGGUGAUCAGUUUACUAUUCCUACAGCAAUUAACACCUGUCUAGAUCUUUUCUCCAAAUGGAGGAGUACGAAUCUUCUUCCAAGGAAACCUAACGACAAUGCCCUGCUACUGUCAAACACUGAUUUUGAUGGUCCUGCAGUUGGACUUGCCUUUAUAGGUACAAUGUGCUCUACUGCCUAUUCUUCCGCAGUUAUCCAGGAUUACAAUAAAUUGGCUAUCAUUGUUGGUGCCACCAUAGCUCAUGAGAUGGGUCACAACUUUGGUAUGAACCACGAUUCUACCAACUGCUCCUGCUCAUCAUCUUCCUGCAUCAUGUCAGCUGUUGCAAGUGCCACUGCUGUAAGCUUGUUUAGUUCCUGUAGUAUAAAUGAGUUCCAGAACUUUCUGUUGACCAAGAAACCUACAUGUCUAAGUGAUGUUCCUGCGAAAACAGAUAUCCUUGCACCCCCCGUUUGUGGAAAUAAAUUCACUGAGGUGGGAGAGGACUGUGAUUGUGGUACAGUGCAGGAAUGUGCAAAUAAAUGUUGUGAUGCUGCCACCUGCAAAUUGAAGCCUGGUGCUCAGUGUGCAGAGGGAGAAUGCUGUGAUAACUGUCAGCUCAAGGCAGCUGGGCAUGUGUGCAGAGCUAGCACGGGUGAUUGUGAUCUCGAUGACCUUUGUAACGGCGUAUCUUCUUUCUGCACAUCUGACCGCUUACGAGUCAACGGCUUCCCCUGCAUGAACGGCCUGGGCUACUGCUUGAAUGGAAGUUGUCCAACGAUGUUGGGGUCCAGGAAUUCCCUUUCAGUGGAUGCAUCAGUAAGUGUAAGUAGCUGCUUCCGAAUGAAUACCAAAGGUGUUCAAAAUGGAUACUGCAAGCGCAAUGAGACCACCUAUUUCCCUUGUGCACCUGAGGAUAUCAUGUGUGGAGUUCUCUUCUGUAUCAGUGGCACCACUACUCCUCUUAUUUAUGGGUCUUCUACUGGCACAACUCUGUGCAAAGUUUUGCUGGUCCCUGAAGGAAUGGUACCAAGAGGAGUAAAGUGUGGUGAUGGGAAGGUCUGUUCCAACUUCCAGUGUGUAACCACUGGAACUGCUUAUGGCUCAACUGGGUGUGACAGCAAAUGUCCAAAAAAUGCGGUUUGUGACCAUGAACUUAAUUGUCAGUGUCUGAAAGGAUGGGCCCCACCCAACUGUGAUGUAGCUGUGGCAAGUAAUGCUAUCAGUACAAGUGACGCACCCCAGGAGGUCGUGCCUACAGAAUAUUUCACCAUCACAGACAACGUGUAGAACGGAGUCUUGAAAUGAAGCUACCCCUGAUAGAGUUAAAUGGUUAUAUAAGCAAUUAGAA